UUCAUCAUAACCCCACGGAACAAAAAACAAAACAAUCUUAAUCUCAAGACUCAGCCUCGCUGUCCGAAGCUGACCAACGGGAGAAGAAUGGCGGCGACGAGAUCUUUGAUGGUCCGAGUGGCCUUCGUCUGCGCGGUCGUGGCGCUGCUGGCAAUGGCGGCGGAAUGUCACGAAGGGCACCACCACGGCCCGGCCAUGGCUCCGUCGCCGACCGGAAAGACGAUGGCUCCCUCUCCGUCCCCCAAACCCUCCGCUGCCUCCUUCCUCUCCUCCCCUCACCUCGUCGCCACCGCUUUCCUCGGCGCUUUGUCUUUCCUAUUCUGACUUCUCUUCAUUUCUUUCUGGAAUUGGUUUCGGUUCUGUUCCGUGAGACGUUCGCUUCUUGUUGAUGUUUGUAUUUUCCUCGCGAGUUCAUUGUCACGAUGAUUGACGGGUGUGUUGUUGUAAUGUUAAAUAAAAGCAUUUCGGUAUUUUUCUA